GAUAUAAUCAAUAUAUGUAUAUAUUUUAAAUAUUUAAAAAAAAUUAUAAAAGUCAGUCUAACAGGCGCUACUUGAGAUAGUUUUCCGAAAGAUCUUAUACACCAGACUAGGAGCAGUUGCCAGUAGCAGGAUGCGGCUGUUUGCUUGGGGUAUAACAAUAAAAAUGCAGGUUAAUAGCACGAAAAUGAUUCCCCAUAUGGCCCCAUUGUACGGCACAAUCAACUAACUGUAUAUAUGUACAUAUACAUAUAUAUAUAUUACAGCAUGAGGAGAGAGUGCUCUCUGAUUUGUAGUUGACAUAAAGGAAAUUAACUAAUAAAGGCAAUUAGCUGGAACCGAGUGUGUCUCUGUGUGUGUGAGUGUGAGUGUGUGUGGCGAGAGUUUUGUUCAGUUUGUUUAGUGAUUUUAUGUAUUAACCUCGGAACCCUGGAGACCCAUUUGCCAGUUACGAUUAGUUGGUUGACAACUCUGGCUCGCCCUUGCUCCUUGUGACCCGGAGCCCGGAAUUCGGUGGCAAUUGCGGGCAGCUUUACGUGGUAUCCGCACCAAAUCCGUGUCAAUGCCAACCCAAAUGGGCUUUAGUUAAGUGAAUUAUGUCAUGGCUGUUGGCCAAAACUUGUAAGCCACUUGUUCAUAUAUAUAUAUAUAUAUAUAUACAUAUGUGUGUGUGUAUGGGUGUGUGUGUGAAGCGCAGUUUUGGGUUAUUGCCUGGGAUUGGAAAUGUAUUUGGAAUUGGGGGCGUUGUUAUUGCAGCGAUACGUGAAUACGUGAACUCGCAUGCACACUAAUCCCCAAUCACACCUGUACAGCAAACUGAAUGCAAAGACCAUCAAUUCGGCACACCGAAGCAUGCCUACCCUUGCAGACUGACAUUGCCCAUGAUGUGAUCUAUAUAGACACAUAUAUAUAUACAUAUAUAGCAUAUAUGAGUUGAUGUAUUUAAGUAUGUAUAAGUGAAUCGUCCGUAUGAUACCCAUAAGAAUGUAAUUGUGAUAAGCUUGUAUUAUUGUCUUACCAAAUGAUAUACAUAUAUGUAUAUAUUGUCUAUACAUACAUAUAUUCAUGACAUACUGUGAAUAUAUACAAACUGAGCUGUGUAGUGUAUAUAAAGUGGAAGAAAACCAUUAUGAAAAAGUUCUGCCUUGAAGUGUUUGUUUAUUUAUGACGACUGUAUGAUAUGAACUAAGGAAAUAAAUCGAGUCUGUGAUGAAGUGACAGCCAGACAGACAGACUGACUGACUGACUGACAGUAGGCAGUAUGAAGCUGACAUUACAUUUGAUUUGAAUUCUCACUUAGAUCUAAGUAGGUUAGAGCGCAUGAUUCCUGCUUGAUCUUAGCUUGCCUUGGGAAUGUAGCCGCCUUAGUCCUGGAGGAAAAGUUCAGACUGCAAGGGUAUACAUAGUAUUGUACAAUAUGCGAGUAUAUAGAGACGUACAUAUAUGUAGUUUGAUAAUUUGUGCAUAUAUUUUAUUGGUAUACAUAUAACCUAAAAUUUUAACCAUUGGAAGAUCGGCCAAUUCAUCGCUGACCAGUGCGCAGAGCAAUUGCCGUUGCACAAAUAGUUUAAGAAUGUACACAGAGAGGGAUAGACUUAUAUUAACGUCAGAGCAGCAGCAGCAGCAGCACACGGACUCGUUGCAUCACAGACAAGGACAGCAUGCUCGCCAGCGUCGGCAGGUGCGAUUGCACCUGAAUAGUCCAUCCUCUGAUGGCAGCUGCUAUUCGCUGGCCAUGGCCGGGCUGGGCGGCCAGGGCGCGGCUGGUGGCAGCCGGACGCAGGUGAAGACGCUCUCAUCGUUCAUCAGCGAGCAUCCCGAGGAGCUGGUUAGCAAUCACAGCCAUCACAGCAAUCACAGCAGCCACAGCAACAGCCACAGCAACAGCCACAGCAACAGCCACAGCAACAGCAGCAACAACCACAACAAGAACGACAGCAAUCCCAGCAACCAGACAACCAAAUGGAAGAGCCUGCGGGCCGUUAUGGCCUAUUAUUGCUCAUUGCGGCGCAUUAAGAGGAACGGUGCUUUUACAGCUUUUACAUACAGUACAAGAACCCAACUAACUAAGCUAAACUCAAACUAAUCUAACUAAUCAAGCAACUAUCUAACGUUAUGUACUACUACUACUACUACUACUACUACUACUACUGCCUUGCAUUUUGUGUGUGUAUGUGUGUCCGUACGUGUGUA